AGAUCGAAAUAAACAGCUUAUAACGCAGUAGUAUAUUUGUUUGUUGAUACGUAUAGCCUAUACAGUAUAAUCGAUGAAUGCACGCAUUUGAUGCUCGAGAUCUUAAGUACGGAAGGGUGCACGAAAGAACAAGAUCGAGAAUAGUGCUACGAUUACUGUAGGCGAGCUCUCGUGGCCUCUUCCAAAAUUAGAAAAGCUUGACCUGGCAGGUCGUCCACCACCCUGCCAUUUCCCUCCGUUUCGCGGCUCCGCCCUCUGCCUUCGUGCUCGGCACGUUCGAGCUUGGCGCCGCGUGUUCUUCUUCUUCUUCUUCGUGCCUCGCCAGCAGCCGUUUCGUUUUCGGUUUUCGCCGUUUCGUCAUUUCCUCCUCCACCAGACGCGCUCGAGCGGCCAAGAAAAUAACGGCCCAGGAGAUCGCCGCGUCAGGGAGCCGGAAUUAAACCGCCGUGCAUUUGGGCUUUCCAGGGCGCCUUGAGAAUCGGCGGCGGCAGAGGGAACAAUGACGACGGCGCGGCAGUGGUGGCGGCGCGCGGCGGCGGCGGCCAAGGACAGGAGGAGCCUGUGCCUGACGCGCGUGGCGCCGGCGACGACGAGGAGCGGCGCGGAGCUGGAGGCGGCGGUGAUCCGCGCGACGAGCCACGACGAGCGGUCCGUGGACGCCCGCGGCGCGGCGCGCGUCUUCGCGCUGGCCCGGGCCUCGCCGGGGACGACCCUGCGCCCGCUCAUGUGGGCCCUGGCCCGGCGGGCAGGCAGGACCCGGUGCUGGGCCGUGGCGCUCAAGUCCCUCAUGCUCGCCCACGGCCUGCUCCUCCGCUCCGACGAACUCGCCCCCGGCGCCGCCGCCCGCCUCGGCCGCGUCCCCUUCGACCUCGCCGACUUCCGCGCCCGCUCCUCCGGCUCCCCGGGCCUCUCCGCCUUCGUCCGCGCCUACUUCUGCUUCCUCGACACCCGCUCCCUCUUCGCCGCGCAAGAGCUCGACGCCGAAGCCGACGACGAGGACGCGCGCCUCGACCGGCUCUGGAAGCGGCAGCACUUACUCGAGCUGCUAAUGCAAAUCCGGCCCUACGGGGACGGCAUGGAGAAGCAGAGCCUGGUCCUGGAGGCCAUGGACUGCGUGGUGAUCGAGAUCUUCGAGGUGUACAGCCAAGUGUGCACGGGCAUCGCCCGGUUCUUGGUCGCCGUGCUCGGGUCGGCGCCGACGGCGCCGAGGCCGCGCCGGGGGGAGGACUUGGCGGCGGCGCGGCGGAGGCGGGGCGCGCAGGGGAUGCGGGUGCUGCGGAAGGCCGCGGAGCAGAGCAAGCAGCUGUCGGCAUACUUCGAGCUCUGCAGGGGCCUCGGCGUGCUCAACGCCGCCGAGUUCCCCGCCGUGGAGCGCGUCCCGGACGACGACAUCAGGGACCUCGAGAAGCUCAUCAUGAGCCACCACGCCGAGGAUGGUUGCAAGGUGGGAGACGACGAGGCGAAGGCGCUCGUCGCCGUAGAGGAGGAUGACAGCGGCGUGGCGUCGAAGACGGUGGUGACGAGAGAGUGGGUGGUGUUCGACGAUGGCGACGUCGACGGCGCCGGUGCCCGCGGGAGGCAGGGGCAUUUUGGUGAUUACGUGGACCCGUUCGUUGGAGCGCCGUGGGUGAGCGUGAAUUUGUUGGUUUAGAUGUUCGCUUGUUCAGGUUCUCGUGCAGAAGCGUUCGGACUGAUUCGUGCAGAAACGUAGUCAAUUUUAUUCUUGUCUGAUUGGCAUGUAUCGUGUUGCCCUACGGUGAGAAUUGAGUUCUUGUAAGUUGUAAAUACACUUUGUGUCUCCGAGAACAUUUCCAACGGCAUAGAGAGAAAAAAUAUGGGUUUCCAGAUUAGCUCUAA